AUGACAGAUAAUGUCAUACGUCGUGAGGUGCUAAGACGGGAUGACGCCUACGGUAUUCCCGCCUGUUACUUCUGGAGUGUCGAGGAAGUGGCGAACUGGGUCGAAAGCAUCGGCUAUGGCAAAUAUAAGAGCAACUUUCUGUCUCACUUUAUUAACGGAAGGAAACUCCUGACUGUUGACGCAUGCGUACUUCCCAGGAUGGGCAUCACACACUUUGGAGAUAUCUUGGACCUCGCAGGCUGUAUUCGCAACUUGUUGUGCACUGGCAGGCGAAUCAAGUACAAACACCCGGAAGUAGAAGCUGCCUUCUUGGACACGCAUUUUUACGAGUACAGCCCAAUAGACGGUUUACAUCCUGAGUAUGAAUACUUCAUGUGGCGCAAGCAGACGGUAAACCCUAAACCCGUCUGGCUGACCCAUCCAGAAUUUGUCUCCAACGGCAGCUCCCAGAAUGCUUCUUGGCCAGUAGGACAUCGCGUCUACAACACCGGCAUAGUUCCAGGGAGCUUUUGA